AUGGAUUUCACAGGCCAAAUCCGCUCCGCUCUACAAUCUCAAUCCUUCCCGACACCCUCCGUCCCCUGGACAACGACCCUGACCUCACGCGUCCCUACCCCUCCCCUUCCUUCUCUCAUUGCGACCGCGAAAGCGCGACUCCUCGCCUCGGAUCUUACGACGGCGGGUCUUCUCGAACCCUCCUCCACCUCUGCGCUCCCCCAGAUCAACCCCGGGACGCCCGAGGCGGUCUUGCAACAAGACGUCCCGUGCCAGGUCCUCGACGUCGAGAACCUGAGCCUGUCGCGCUGGGAGCAGGUCGAGGAGCUCGAGGCCGUGGCAAGGGGUGAGCAGACGACGGGCAGGAGGGUUGUGAGGCUAGCUGCAGCCGAGGAUCCUGAGUAUGAUAAUCUCGACGCGGGCUCUGGGGCCAGUGCUGCUGGUGGCGGGGUAAGAGCUACGCAACAAGUACAACAGCAGCAGCAGCAGCAGCGACGAAACGCGACGCAUAGGCUCGUGUUGCAAGAUUUCAAAGGGCAGAAGGUGUAUGCGAUGGAGCUCCGACGCAUCGAAAGGAUCGGCAUUGGGAGCACCAAUAUUGGUGAGAAGGUCAUGCUCAAAAAGGGUACCGUCAUCGCGAGGGGCACGGUGCUGCUUGAGCCGGAUAAGUGCGUGUUGCUUGGCGGGAAGGUUGACGCGUGGCAGAGAGCCUGGGCUGAGGGGAGAAUGGCGAGGUUGAAGGAGGCUGUGGAAGGUGAAAGAGAACAAGCCUGA